AUGGGAGAUAGUAUGAGGCCAGAGCAGUACUACCGCUUUACAUAUUAUGGUCAAUAUGAUUACUCAAUGAUUAUAUAUAACAAAGGAUUGGAAUUGGAAUAUAGAAAGAUCCCAGAUAUUAUAACUGCCAUUGAUUUCUCCUUCAAAAAAUUUGAAGGAGAGAUACCAGAUAUCAUUGGGAAUCUUCAACGACUUUAUUUGCUUAAUCUUUCCAACAACUUGUUGAAUGGUCAUAUACCAUCAUCUUUAGCAAAUUUGAAAGAGUUAGAAUGUUUGGGCCUAUCAAGGAAUAUGCUGUCAGGAAAGUUACCCCCAGAACUAAGUAAGCUCACCUUCCUUUCUUCUUUUAAUGUUUCUUAUAAUCAGCUUGAAGGACCCAUUCCACGAGGGAAACGGUUUGAUACAUUUGAGAGCAAUCAAUGUGAGGGAAACAGGGGAUUAUGUGGAGUUCCUUUGAAAAAGAAAUGUGAAAAUUUUGAGGCAUCACCGCAAGAACGUUCAAAUGUUGUAGAAGAUAAUGAUACAGGAAAGCUUAUCAUCGAUAAUACCAUUGAUGGUUGUUAUCCAAAGGAUGAAUCUUGGAAACUUGUCAAAGGAGAAAGAGGUGACUGCUGCUCAUGGGAUGGGGUGGAAUGUGAUGAGGAAACUAAUCAUGUUAUUAGCCUUGACCUUUCUGAUAGUUGUCUCUAUGGCUCCAUCAACUCCAACAGCACCCUCUUCCGCCUUCUUCAGCUUCAAAGCCUUAAUCUUUCCUACAAUAACUUCAACUUAUCUCAAAUACCAUCCCAAAUAGGCCGCCUCUCAAGGCUAACUCGUCUCAAUCUCUCCUUUUCAAACCUUUCUGGCCAAAUCCCACAACAAAUUUUUAACUUAUCCAGGUUGAUUUCCCUCGAUUUAUCCAGUUAUUACUCUACCAAUUUGAUACUUGAUUUCAAAUUGAAGCUCCACAAACCUAGUUUCAAAGAUCUAGUUCAACACUUAACCAACUUGAAAGUACUUCACCUCUCAUCCAUUAACAUUUCUUCAAGGCUUCCAAACUUAAAGAUGCUUGAUCUAAGCUACAACCGAGAUCUAAAAGGUUAUUUGCCCCCUUUCCAAUUGAAAAGUCCCCUCAAAUCAUUGAUCCUUUCUGUAACGAAUUUUGUUGGAGAGUUACCUUCCUCGUUUGGAAACCUUGCCUACUUGGAAGAACUUGACAUCCACAAUUGCAAUUUCACAGGCCAACUUCCAUACUCAUUCAGUAACCUUAGCAAGCUCGUUCAUCUUGACUUAUCAUAUAAUCACUUGAGCUUUCAUAGCCCAAGUUUUUCUUCAUUGUCUUGGGUUGGCAAUUUAACCAAGAUCACUACUUUGGGACUUGCUGGUUUCAACUUGAAAGGUGAGGUCCCAUCUUGGCUCAUGAACUUUACUCAUCUUUCCGGAGUAUUUGUGAGCUUCAACCAACUCACUGGUCCUAUCCCAUCCAGCCUUACCAAAUUGAGCAAACUUCAAAUUUUAAAUUUCCGGAACAACCAAUUGUAUGGUCAAAUGCCAUUCCAAAUAUACAAUUUAUCCUCACUAACCGACUUAAUAUUUUCAUCAAAUGAAUUGCAAGGCUCAAUUCCAAGCAAUGUUUCUCUACUAAAAAAUCUUGAAGUUCUUGACCUUCAUUCAAACAACUUGGUUGGCUCAGUUGAGAUGAGCGCAUUCUCGCAGCUCAAAAAGUUGAGAAUAUUGACUUUAUCAUUUAAUAACUUGACGUUGAUCACCAAAACUAGUACAAAUGAGAGUAUUCCAAAUUUUCGAGUGUUAGGAUUAGCAUUCUGCAAUCUAACUGAGUUCCCCAGGUUCUUGCACAACCAAGAUCUGUUGCGUUUUCUAGACCUCUCUUCCAACAACAUACCGGAUCCAACCGUUCUUCAAUGGGCUCGAAUACACACGUUGGACCUCAGGUCUAAUAAGCUCCGCGGAUCUUUCCCACUUCCACCAUCAUCCACCUCUUCCUACCUAAUUUCACACAACAAAUUGGUAGGUGAAGUUUCAGCAAUGCUUUGCAAUUUAAGUGCUCUUGAAACUCUGGAUUUGUCCUUCAACAAUUUGAGUGGAAAUCCUGAAGACUUGAGAAUUCUCAUUCUACGAUCCAACAGUUUCUAUGGUGUGAUAGACAAACCACAAACCAAAGGAUUCUCAAAUCUUCGAAUCAUUGACUUAUCUCACAACAAUUUCACUGGAAAGUUGCCAUCAAUGUACUUUAAAAUAUGGGAUGCCAUGAAAGUUAUAAAGAUCCCAGAUAUUUUAACUGCCAUUGAUUUCUCCUACAACAAAUUUGAAGGAGAGAUACCAGAUAUCAUCGGGAAUAUUCAAGGGUUUUAUUUGCUUAACCUUUCCAAUAACUUUUUGAAUGGUCAUAUACCAUCAUCUUUAUCAAAUUUGAAAGCAUUAGAAUGUUUGGACCUAUCAAGGAACAUGCUCUCAGGAAAGUUACCUCUAGAGCUAAAUAAGCUCACCUUCCUUUCUUCCUUUAAUGUUUCUUAUAAUCAGCUUGAAGGACCCAUUCCACGAGGGAAACAAUUCGAUACAUUUGAGAGCAAUCAGUAUGAGGGAAAUAAGGGAUUAUGUGGAGUUCCUUUGAAAAAGAAAUGUGAAAAUUCUGAGGCACCACCACAAGAGCAUUCAAAUGUUGUAGAAGAUGAUGAAAUUAAAUUUAAGGUGAUGAUAGUUUUGAUGGGCUAUGGAAGUGGAUUCAUAUUUGGCGUGGUUGUUGGGCACAAAGUCACCAGAAAAAAAUAUGAUUGGAAGGCAAUGAAUGAAAAGCAGGAGAAAUAG